UCAUCGUCACGCGAACGAUCCGAGCCCCGGGAGACGUUCUAAAGAUAGAAAACUGGAACCGUGACCACGAGAACGUGUUGGAAAAUCGCGAUAGGUCCUUGGUAGCCGCGUUGGAAACGGCGAAUGAACGGCUCCGUCGACAGCAGUCGCGCCUACUCGGAACGAGGAACGCACCUACAGACACAUGCGGAACGAAAACUUGCUCCUCUGGGAAAAGGACGCGUCGCUGAAGACACUGGCGCGCACUAACCAUAUAUUCUCUCGGCUCUCUCUUCCUUCGACCGGAACGAGGAAGAGGGAACAGAAUGCAGAAGCAGCGCUCCGCUGACCGACGAGCCAGGACCUAUUUAAAACAAGGGAAGGACAAUCGUAGCUCGUGGCUUGUAAAUCGUGCGAAUCGAUUCGGUUGACGGUUCGUCGGGGAUCAGAGAAACCCUGUUUCAUCCAUCCACCAGUCCUCGAGAUACUUUUACACCAAGCUUCUCGCCCCAAACCAAACGGAGAUGUACUUAUCGUCAGAAUCUUAGGAGUGAAACUUUAUAGUAUACGCGUUCGUGCACCCGUGAUCGUCAAAAAUAUUUCUAGUUAACGUACACGUCGAUUCAACGAUCUUCCAAUAGCCAGAGAAAAGUUAGUAAAAUAUUCGGCCGCGAUCGUUCUGCUAGAAUAUUUCGACAAAGCGUCGUUGCAUUCGAUGCAGCCGGAGAAAAGACUCAAAAGAACCGUGGAUCGUUGUUACUCGGUGAUUCGUUUUGACAUUCGCAGAAGAUAAAGCAUAUUGGAGAGGAGAAGGAGGAACGAGUUUUCCGUUUUUCACGUGUAUCUUAAAUGAACUUUAAAUGAAAAAUUAUCAACAACGGAGACCAGCAGGAGGACGAAUGGAUUUGAACUUUUCGCUUAAACGUAACAGUUUCGAUUUCGACGACGACGACGACGACGACGACGACGACGACGACGGCUACGUUAACUUCGAACGGAACGCCAGCGAUCGAACAACACGUUGCUUCGUAUCGAUUGUUCGUAAAGUGGUAACCAAAUGGUGAGGAGCGAGGGAUUAUAAAUGACUAGCCUUUUUCUUAAUACGUUAAAUCCUUCGGGGCAAAAAUCCAGUGAAACGCUUGAACGCGAGUGAUUCGAUGAAACCGUGGGAAACCAGCUGAUUGCCCGCCGCUUGAUUAAAGUUUGCUCGUCCGUUUUUCGGCCGGAUUGAUCGCCGUGCGGUGUCCGUAGAUUCCAUGGUCGAAGCGAGUCGAAGAUCAACGAAGCUUCGUACAGGAUUGAAGAUUUUUCCCGCUCGAUCCGGUCAAAUCUACUGAUCGUUCUCCAAGGUAAAAUUCUAUUCCCGAAGAAGAAAGGAACAGAUCACCGAUACUCGACAUGGGCUGCGAACUCAGCAAAUUGGCCACACCGAAUCAACCUACCACGGACCCACGGCUUCCGUUAACAGCGAAACAGAAAUUUACGGUUAUGGCCAGUUGGAAAGCGGUCUCCAGAAAGCUAGAAACGACCGGUGUCUUUAUGCUCAUGAGGUUGUUCGAAGAAAACGAGGAAUUGGUGCAAAUGUUUUCGCGUUUUCUCGACUUGAAAUCGAAAGAGGAGCGCUUCGAUAUGGUAGAAUUGGGCAAACACGCGGAAAAAGUAAUGGCUGCUCUGGACGAAGGUAUCAGAGGACUCGACAAUAUGGAUGAUUUCCUCACCUGUCUUCAUCAAGUCGGAGCCACGCAUACAAAGAUUCCUGACUUUAAUCCACAGUACUUUUGGAAAAUCGAGCAACCAUUCUUAGAAGCCGUGAAGCGAACUUUAGAAGAUCGAUACUCGGAGAACGUGGAGAGCACCUACAAAGUGACGAUCAAAUUCAUCAUCGAAACGUUAAUCGACGGUUUCGACAAAGCUCAGAACGACAAAGCGCAAAGCGGCACUGCUAAAUCCUAGUCGUCUUAGCCUUUUCGUUCGUAAGGAACAAAAAUGAUUUGCCGAUUCGCUGAUCGCUUUUUCUAUCGGCAGUCGUAGUUUUCAAAGAAGAAACCGAUACAAUCGAAAGCAAUGAGAUCGAUACCAUCAAUGAGAACGAGUAAAUCAGCCGAUGGCGCGAUCGUUCGUUUGUUCCAAAGUAUGUAUAAAAAAAAGUAUGUAUGUUUCUCCGGAUUCUCUGAUCCGCGAUGUGCGAUCGGUACGAUCGAACGUAUUCGAUGGAAGCGAGACAGAGAUAAAUCUUUGUGUAACUUUUUCUUUACAGAGGCACAAACGGAUGGAUGCCCUAUGGCUUGUAGUUAGGUUUGAAAUCUUUUUCCUUCGAGCAGGUCUCGGACAUGGAAAAUGCAUAAUUCGUAAGAAAUGGCUAUGAUUAUCGUAUCUCGUUCACUCUCUUGACGGCCAAAGAAAACGGAUAACGCGUUCUCGUUUAACGUUUCUGCAAACUCGCAACUUAGCGGAAGAAAACAUUUCUCCGUUGAACUAUUUGUAUCGGUCGAACACGAUCCCACAGUCUCGUCUCGCGAUGAUUCAUAUACACGUACGUAUACUUGCAUUAUUAUAUACGUAUUCACAAGACAACGCGUACACGUUGUUCGAACAUGAUACGAAAGUUUCGGGAUGAAAUGGUUCGGGAGGUUGCGAAAGGGAGCAAAGAUUCUACAAAAAUAGCGUUACCUUAUUAUUCGAUGGCCCCUCGCUUCGCCGCGCUAUCGAUUAUGGAAUUUCAGCCAUGUAUAUAUGGUACAUACGUAUCAAGGAUCGUUUCAAACCGAAUUGACUGCCAGCGAUUACGAUUAGCAGUUAUUCACGUUGAAAAGUUUCUGCGAAAUAUUUAUUCGCGAAAACAGCCGAGUACAGAAAUCUGAAACUUAGCUCUGUCCAAUUUGUACAAGUUAAAAAAGAGAAAAAAGUAACGCAACCAGAAAUGGACAAUCGUCGAUUUAGUUUGAUCCGUUCAGUUUCCGUUCAGUUUUUCCGAACAAUCUGAAUAAUCGACGAAUCGCUCGAUAAUAUAAAUACACAAGACAAUAUCCUUAUGCGACAGUUUUAUUAUCACCUAACUUUAGAUUUUAAAUCAAUUGAAAUAUCUCUCUAAUAUCAUAUAU